UUUACUCUGUUAUUCCCAAAGCCGAUACUCUUCCCUUUUAGAAGAGAAACUUGUUGUUCCCUUUUAGAAGAAAAACUUGUUGACCGACUCUCUCCUCUCUUUCACCCUUUCUAUCUCGGUAAUACCAAACCCUAGAAACCCGAAUCUCUCGAUCUCUCUGCGCUGUUACUCAGAAGUAAGCUUAGCUGGCACCAUCAUCCAUGGCGGCAUCGACUUCGCUAUGGACCAUCUGUGUAACCCUAGCUUUGACGCUAAUAGUUCUGGUGGUGUCCGGUAAUUCCGAAGGAGACGCUCUCUAUACCCUGCGUCGGAGCUUGUCGGAUCCGGAUAAUGUUCUCCAGAGCUGGGAUCCGACCCUUGUUAACCCCUGCACUUGGUUCCACAUCACUUGCAACCAAGAUAACCGCGUCACUCGAGUGGACUUGGGGAAUUCAAAUCUAUUUGGACAUCUAGUUCCUGAACUUGGGAAGCUAGAGCACUUGCAAUAUCUGGAGCUUUAUAAAAACAACAUUCAAGGAACUAUUCCUGCUGAGCUUGGUAACUUGAAGAGUCUUGUCAGCUUGGACUUGUAUAACAACAACAUCUCUGGGACUAUUCCUCCUUCGCUGGGGAAGUUGAAGUCUCUUGUAUUUCUACGGCUUAAUGACAAUCGAUUAACUGGUCCAAUCCCCAGAGCAUUUGUGGGUAUUUCCAGCCUAAAAGUUGUGGAUGUCUCAAACAACGAUUUGUGUGGAACAAUUCCCACCAGUGGACCAUUUGCACACAUCCCUUUGAACAACUUUGAGAAUAACCCUCGACUGGAAGGUCCAGAGUUACUGGGACUUGCAAGCUAUGACACUAACUGCUCAUAAUGCUUGAAAACAAGUUGAUGAUGCAGAAUCUGAAUUAUCCUUCAAUUGGAUACGUACCACGUAUGUAUGUCAGAAUUUGUAUCGCCUCAUUGUAGUGGGAUUGGUAAAAAAGGGUCCCUCAUAUAAAGUAUUUGUAAAUUUUAAAGAUUGUUAACUUAUCAGCAUUUUAUAACUGUAAUAUUGUGCACCCGUAAGAGUUACUCAAGACAUGAAUCUAUGUUGAACCUUUGUGAAUGAAGGGUACUAAAUAUGCAUAUACUAGAUUUAUAUGUUUACACUGUAA